AUGAAGUUCCUUAUGGCAUCUGCUCUCCUUGCCGCGAGCUCGACCCUUGCUGCUCCUACCACCGCCAACUUGAAACGAGAUAAUUUCAUUUCAAUCACCGACUUUUAUGCAAACGCAGGACCAAAUAGCCCAGGAGCAUUCAUGCAUUUUGUGGUCACUGAUCCCAACUAUCCCAACGAUACCCCGACUGAAUGCAACUUGAUCUGGUAUGUGCCUUAUGUUUCCAAGUUAAAACCGCUCUAUUUUGAUUUGAAUAAAGAAGAGAAAAUUAACAAUAUUAUUCUGUACUAUAGGACAUACGGACAAUCGCCAAAUCAAAAUGCCCGAUGCAAUGAUUCAGAAUACUAUAUCAAGUUCCCUCAAGGCCCUGUCGAUUUCAACUUGUUUACUUUGCAGCUUGAGAGGGUCAAUGGUUCCAUUCCUGAAAAUGGACAAAUUCUACUAAGUUCCAAUGCGAAUGGCGGCGCGCCUGGGACGAAAUGGAUUUGUGAGAAUAACCCGAAGCCUAAUAUUGAGAUUAGCUGUUCUUAUGAUGGCACACUGCAGUUAUCUGUUUGA